AUGCGGAACCCGACAGAAGGUGAGGCGGAAGAAGAGGGCCUGGAAAACCGCGGCGAAGAAAUCGAAUGUCGCGGCGAUGUUAUAACUUCCGGCGAAAGCGAGGGGAAGCCGCUCAGACUUGAAAUCAAGAGGAAACUUGCUCAAAGGUCAGAAAGAGUGAAAUCUGUGGAUCUACACCCAACUGAGCCAUGGAUAUUGGCAAGUUUGUAUUCAGGGACUGUUGGCAUUUACAAUUAUCAAACCCAGACAAUGGUCAAAUCAUUUGAGGUUACGGAACUACCAGUUAGGUCAGCUAAGUUUAUAGCACGAAAGCAGUGGGUGGUUGCUGGUGCUGAUGACAUGUUUAUCCGCGUUCACAAUUACAACACAAUGGAUAAGGUUAAAGUAUUCGAGGCACAUACAGAUUAUAUUAGGUGUGUGGCUGUCCAUCCGACACUUCCAUACGUGUUGUCAUCCUCAGAUGAUAUGCUAAUAAAGCUCUGGGACUGGGAAAAAGGAUGGGCAUGCACUCAAAUAUUCGAGGGUCACUCUCAUUAUGUGAUGCAAGUGACAUUCAAUCCGAAGGACACCAACACUUUUGCCAGUGCAUCCCUUGAUCGCACCAUUAAGAUUUGGAAUCUUGGUUCCCCUGACCCAAACUUUACCCUAGAUGCACAUCUGAAAGGAGUCAACUGUGUCGAUUAUUUCACCGGUGGUGAUAAACCUUAUUUAAUUACUGGUUCUGAUGAUCAUACUGCUAAGGUGUGGGAUUAUCAGACAAAGAGCUGUGUCCAGACACUAGAAGGCCAUACACACAACGUUUCAGCAGUUUGUUUCCACCCUGAGCUUCCCAUAAUAAUUACAGGUUCCGAGGAUGGUACUGUCCGGAUAUGGCAUGCCACCACUUAUAGACUUGAGAACACCUUAAAUUAUGGUCUUGAAAGAGUUUGGGCGGUUGGCUACAUGAAAGGUUCGAGACGGGUUGUAAUUGGAUACGAUGAAGGAACCAUUAUGGUAAAGCUUGGUCGAGAGGUACCUGUUGCCAGUAUGGACAACAGCGGGAAAAUCAUUUGGGCUAAGCAUAAUGAAAUUCAGACUGUCAACAUUAAGAGUGUUGGAGCAGAUUACGAGGUUUCUGACGGAGAGAGAUUGCCUUUGGCUGUUAAGGAAUUGGGAACCUGUGACCUUUAUCCACAGAACCUGAAACACAACCCUAAUGGUAGGUUUGUUGUUGUGUGCGGGGACGGUGAUUAUAUAAUUUACACUGCUUUGGCUUGGAGAAACAGAUCAUUUGGUUCAGCAUUGGAAUUUGUUUGGUCAACCGAAGGAGAAUAUGCUGUUAGAGAAAGUACAUCAAAGAUCAAGAUAUUCAGUAAAAAUUUCUUGGAAAAGAAAAGCAUCCGUCCCACGUUUUCUGCCGAGCAUAUCUAUGGCGGAACUUUAUUAGCCAUGUGCUCAAAUGAUUUUAUUUGCUUUUAUGAUUGGGUUGAGUGCAGGCUUAUAAGAAGAAUUGAUGUCAAUGUUAAAAAUCUCUACUGGGCUGAUAGCGGUGAUUUGGUCACCAUUGCCAGUGACACAUCAUUUUACAUUCUCAAGUAUAAUCGAAAUGUAGUUUCUGCUCAUCUGGAUAGUGGGAGGUCAGUGGAUGAACAAGGCGUGGAGGAUGCUUUUGAGCUUCUUUAUGAAAUUAAUGAACGAGUGCGGACUGGAAUUUGGGUUGGGGAUUGUUUUAUUUACAAUAACUCGUCAUGGAGACUUAAUUACUGUGUGGGCGGUGAGGUGACGACUAUGUUCCAUUUAUACCGACCUAUGUAUCUGCUUGGAUAUCUUGCUAGUCAGAGCCGUGUUUAUCUUGUCGACAAAGAGUUUAACGUUAUAGGAUAUACGUUGCUGCUUAGCUUGAUUGAGUACAAGACUCUUGUAAUGCGCGGUGAUCUGGAAAGGGCUAAUGAGAUAUUACCAUCCAUACCAAAGGAGCAUCAUAACAGUGUGGCCCAUUUCUUGGAAUCACGAGGAAUGGUCGAGGAUGCUCUUGAAGUAGCUACAGAUCCCGACUACAGAUUUGAGUUGGCCAUAAAUCUAGGCAAACUGGAAAUCACAAAGGAAAUUGCAACUGCAGCACAUAGUGAGUCCAAAUGGAAGCAAUUGGGUGAAUUAGCAUUGUCUACUGGAAUGUUGGAGACAGCAGAGGAGUGUUUGAAGCAAGCAAAUGACUUGAGUGGCUUAUUGCUACUCUAUUCCUCCUUGGGUGAUGCGGAAGGAAUUGCCGAUCUUGCAUCUCUUGCCAAAGAGCAUGGAAAAAACAAUGUUGCUUUUAUUUGUCUAUUUAUGUUGGGUAAAUUAGAAGACUGCCUUCAGUUGUUGGUCGACAGUGAUCGGAUACCUGAAGCUGCAUUGGUGGCUCGUUCUUACCUUCCAAGUAAGGUGUCAGAAAUUGUUGGCGUUUGGAGAAAGGACCUGAAUAAGAUUAAUCAGAAAGCUGCAGAGUCUCUUGCUGAUCCAGAAGAAUACACGAAUUUGUUUGAUGACUGGCAAGUUGCUCUUGCUGUUGAAUCUAAAGUUGCUGAGGCGAGGGGAAACUAUCCUCCGGCUGCUGAAUACGCGCAACAAGCUGACAGAUCAACCGCAAGCCUUGUAGAAACUUUUAGAAACAUGGAAUUAGAAGAAGAGGAAGAAGCAGAAGAACCUAUGGAAAAUGGAGACUUGGAUUAUGAGGAUGCAGAACCAAAUGGCGAAGUGCAAGAGGAGUUGGAUGAAACACAAGUAGAAGGUGGAUUUAUUAAGAGUCAAGAAGAGGCUCCUGUGUUUCUAAAAGUGAUUGGAUUGGUGAAAUUCCCUUGUUUAGUUGCUGUGCUUACACCAUAUGUCAUGGAAAUGGAAUCUACUCAAGACAGAAGGUUCAGCUGUAAACUAUUUCUCUCAUGCUUUGUGCUUUAUGCGAUGCCCGAAAGAGGUGGUCUCGUGGAACUGAGUGUCUUUCUCCAUUUGAGAUGA